AAAAUUGCACCUGCAACUUGGGAGGUUACCUAGGAGGUCAUCCUGCAGAGGAGCCCGUGUCCUGGUGGCCUUAGAGGCUGCAUUACUGGAUCGAGAUGACCGCAGCCACCCCUUUGGGGGGUACCACCUUCUUCUCAUUGAACGUGACCACCAGAGAAGAAGACUUUCUAUACAAGGGCUCUGGAGCCAUCGUUGCUGCCAUCGUGGUGGUUGUCAUCAUCAUCUUCGCCGUGGUUCUGAUCUUGCUGAAGCUGUACAACAGGAAAAUGAGAGCAAGGCGGGAGCUGGAGCCCAAGGGACCCACGCCAGCCUCCCCUCCUGCCCAGGGCCCCAGCAGCAGCAGCAGCAGCCAACACCCUGCCACUGUGACCUUCAGCCCCAUUGAUGUCCAAGUGGAGACUCGGUGACCCCCACCCUGGUGCUACCUUGGCCACUGUCUGAAGAGCCUUCUCCAGUCAAGACCAAGAAGCACAUUUCUCCUCUGGCAGCUUCACUACGAGUUCCUUCCCUUCACGUCAACAGGGGCAUCUCAUGCAAUCCCUGAUGCUUCAGGCAACCCCUAGCCCUAUACUACCCCGCCCCGCCCCAUCCCCACGGUGUCCAUAUCUCUGCUGCCACCUUACCAAAAAGCUGUGGCACACUCUUUUGUCAUCUGAGGCGGUAGAGCUAUGUUGGGAAUCCAAUGAUGUGGGUAUAGCUCCCUCCCCCCAAACACAAUAGCUAGACAGACAGACAGCCCAGGAGUUUUCUGGUCAGGGGUCAGGGCGUGCUCACGAGAAUGUCACAACUGGGUCAUGUCAGAGUAAGGGCCAUAUCCACAGCUUUGCAGAGCCAACUAUUCAAUCCCAUAUUCAGGGGAACUAACUGGACUAACUAACCAGAAAACCAGCUCAUUAAUUGGUAAUUUAUUCCAGCACCAGAUGACUGCUAGCUAGCUCAGGACGAUUGAUUGGUCAGCAAAUUUUUCCCCCUUUAAGAAACGUUGAGGAGAAAAAUGAAUUCUCCAAAGAUUUCUAAUUCAUUAGUAAAGAGUCAGAUUAGAAGGAAUAGGGUGGCCUUGAGAAACGGUGGCUUCUAGGACAAAAGCUUGUUGUAGUGCCCAUGGGCCUGGAACAGCCUGGUAGCUGCCAGGGCCCCUCCUUCCCCUCUGGCAGAGUAACCCUGGCUCAGUGUCAUUUCUUGGCUGCCCUCAAUUUGCAUUCUGAGCAGUCCUCAGUCUCUGGUUAACGCGUCCUCUCCGAGGACCCGUAUUUGGACACUGAUGAGAUUACAACUCUGUUACCUAUGCCCUUCCUAGUCACCUUGCAGAGAUUCAGGACACACUCAAAGUACCUCAUUCACAACUCAUUUCUCUAUAGAGAGCUGAUCUCUUUGACUCCUCAACACGGACUAUAAUCUACUGAGGGGGAAAGCGUUUUGGAAUUAAGACCUGCCUUCCAAGCCCUACUUCCUGAUUGUGUGGCCUUGGAAAAGUGACUUGACCUCUCUGUGUUUAGUUUCCUGACCUCGAAGUGGGAAUGAUCACAUCUGCCUCACUGGGUUACAAUAGCAAGUCAUGGUCUUUGUAAAGCAGCUCUGACUGCCUGGCACCAGCAAAUGCUUAAUAAAUGGGAGCCAGCAUUGCUAUUAUGAUAUUUCUUCAACUGCAAAACAUAUUUUUUUUACAUUUUAAUGAUUCUGAAAUCAGAAUGUGUCUGAAAAUUGAUGGGUUCAUUAAUGUAGUUUUCUCUCUGGCUGCUUUUUAAAUCAAUUGAGCAUCUUACAAUUGAAGGCAUCUUUGAAACAAGGUAAUCAAUCCUUAUUCUGUUACAGAAAGAGACACACGCUGACAUUUAACUUCAAAUUCUAGGAAUCUCUCCCUCUUGGGGUUAGAAUCCAUUUUGAGGGGAAAUUGAGGAUCAGGGAGGUAAGAGGACCGACCCCUGGGUCACACGGCUUAUGUCAUCCCACUAGAAAAAUGCUCCUUUGAAUAUGUCUGGAAAAAUAACUGGCAAAUUCUUCCUCCCCAAACAUAUUUUUUCCGUGCUGUGUGUAAAUAUCCACCAAGUACCAGGCACGUUGCAAGGUGCUUUCACAUAACUUAUCUUACAAGAUUUGUUUUUCCCAAUAACCUUGGGGGGGGGGUGUAUUCUUUUUCCAUAUGCAGAUGAGAAUCUCAGACUCAAAGAGAAAAAGUACUUGUCCAAAGUCACAGAGCUAGUAAGUUGCAAAGACUCAAACCCAGGUCUCUUUGACUCCAAAGUCCAUCUUUUUGUUGUAUCACACUCUCCUCCACCAUCCUGGCUCAAAGAACAUGGAUUUGUCUGUGGGCCAAAUAAGAGGACAGGCUUAUCCGUGGGUCUGAGUGGAGGUCAGGGGUCUAGCUUCCAAAGCGAAAGUGGCAAAGCCAUGUUGGUAGCCUCCUCUGAGCUUCCAUGAUUGUAGCAAGGGGAGCCCUUUCUAAACCCACCCACGCUCUAAGGAUUCCUGCUUCCUUCCCCCACCACUUUGGCCCAAGGAGCAAGGCGUGGAACCAGAGCAAAGCCAUUUCUUUAAGGACUUAAGUUCCAAAUAGAUGUUUUCUAAACUUACUCUGCUUUAAAAAAAAAUGUUUUUGGCAUGUCCCAGCCCCCAAACCAGACUCUUCUGCCCACAGUAGACUGGUCCUGGAAUUACUAGAAGAGCUAUCUUCUAGUAUAUGUUCUUUUGCUAAAUGAAAGCUUGGAAAUGGAGGAAAGAAGGGAAGGUAGAGAGGCAGAGGCGAAGGGGGGUGGGGAAUAAAAGGAUUUCAGUGUUUUGUUUUAACAGAUAAAAGUCCUUUAAGGGCUCCUAUGUGCAAGUUGAGGUGCUACUAAAUAUUAAGUCACAGUCCUUGCUGUCAAGGAGUCUCCAGCUGGUCUCCUGUGGCAGGGAUCUUGUGAUACAUUUGUGUAUUUUGUUUCUGACAGGUGCCUUUCCUAACUGAGCAGAUGCUGCCUUAUUUGGCCACUGAAUCAAUAAAAGAUAUUAAAUGCUUAAAGGAAAAUGUCUAAAAAUAAAAUUUUUAAAUCAAACAUUUGUUAAGUUGAUUUCAAUUAAUUUUAGAGCUAGCAAAGAUCUUUUCUAAAAACUUCCUUUUCCUGGCAAUGUAAAUAGGGUCCCAAGAGGAAGCCUGGGCCUUUUCAGGUACUGCAUUCUCACUUUGAAAGAAUGAUGGGGGGAAAAAAAAAAAAAAGAAUGAUGGAAAAGGUGGAUUGCUAUCAACAGACUGUUCUGCAAGUUUAGAAAUUUGUUAACUUGAUUAAAUAUUACAAAAUCAAUACCAUUUGAAGGCCUGCUAUUAGCCACUAGAGGUGCUGAGAUGCCAAGGUUUGGGGACCCAUGGGAGUAUAAGAGACAUUAGAGUGGAACCCAAAUCACCAAUAGUGAUGUUUACCAUUAACUAAGCUCUUACUGUGUGCCAGGCAUAUGUGUAAAUGCAGCCUUAGUUAAUAGUGCCAAAUGGAGCUGAAUUUUCUUGGUGCCCUUAUCAAAAAUUAAUUGCGCAUAAAUAUAAGGACUUAUUUCUGGA